AGAGGAAAAGAAGAAAGAAAAGAAUCUUAUUUACACGAGUUUAAUGUUUAUUUGCUUAAUUAACUAAUUAUUAUCUCAGAGGAACAAAGAUGAUUAUAACUAACAGAAAACAUUACUACAAAUAUUUCUCUUUUAUCUUUGUGGGGUUUUCCUUAUAUUUUUCAUUUAUGUAUAGCUCUUUUUUAUAUUCUGCCUAGGGAAAUGAUGAACCAUCUCAGUCAUCUUGAACAAGAUUACUCUGAGUUUGUUGAAUAUGAUCCUAGUGGAAGAUAUGGCAGAUACAGUGAAGUUCUUGGUAAAGGGUCUUCAAAGACAGUUUACAGAGGAUUUGAUGAGUAUGAAGGUAUAGAAGUAGCAUGGAACCAAGUAAAGCUCUAUGACUUCUUGCAGAGUCCUCAGGAACUGGAGAGGCUGUACUGUGAGAUACAUCUCCUCAAAACCUUAAAACACAAGAGCAUCAUGAAAUUCUACACUUCUUGGGUUGAUACCAAGAAUCGAAACAUUAACUUUAUCACUGAAAUGUUCACUUCUGGUAACCUAAGACAGUAUAGGCUAAAGCACAAGAGAGUGAACAUAAGAGCGGUGAAGCAUUGGUGUAGACAAAUCCUGAGAGGCUUACACUAUCUACAUACACAUGACCCUCCAGUGAUUCACAGAGAUCUCAAGUGUGACAACAUUUUUGUUAACGGUAACCAAGGAGAAGUCAAGAUUGGUGAUCUUGGUCUUGCUGCUAUCUUACAAAACUCCCACGCUGCUCGUUGUGUUGGGACACCAGAGUUCAUGGCUCCUGAAGUCUAUGAAGAAGAAUACAACGAGUUAGUCGAUAUAUACUCGUUUGGUAUGUGCGUUUUGGAGAUGGUAACGUUUGAUUACCCGUACAGUGAGUGUACUCACCCUGCUCAGAUUUACAAGAGAGUUAUAUCGGGCAAGAAACCAGACUCAUUAGACAAGGUGAAGGAUCACGAGGUUAGAGGGUUUAUAGAGAAGUGCUUGGCCAGUGCCUCCCUUAGGCUCUCAGCUCGUGAACUACUAAACGACCAUUUUCUUUGUAGUGAUGAAAGUGAAUCCAAAACCAAAGAAAACUAUUUUGAUCAUACUCACUACUCAAACGGUUACUACAUCCACAAUAAUGUAAACCAAUGGGCUUAUAAUGGAAAUGAGACGGUGGAGUUACAUGGAACAGAGGUCUUCGAGUUUCAAGAAGGUGAUCAUGAAGACUGUGCAGAAGAGUAUAAUAAGAAGUUUGACAAUGUCCAUAUAAGUAUAACAGGGAAGAGAAGAGACAACGGUGAUGGACUGUUCCUCCGACUCAGAAUCGCUGACAAGGAAGGGCUUGUGAGGAACAUAUACUUCCCUUUUGACAUGGAAACUGACACAGCAAUAAGCGUUGCAAGAGAGAUGGUUGAAGAGCUGGAGAUGGACGAUUGUGAUGUGACAAAUAUAGCCGACAUGAUCGAUGGAGAGAUUGCUUCUUUGAUACCGGGUUGGAGAUCAGGCCUCGAAGUUGAGAGCAUCUUCUGCAACUGCGCCUCGGUCAUGGACUUUAACGUGAUGCAGCAUGGACGGUUUGAUGAGAUUACUUCUGAGCUAAAACACACUGAUGAAGAAGAGGCGUUUUCUUGUAGGGCAAACCAGGACUCGCUACCCUAUGAAACAAUCGGAUUCAGCUGCUGAAAAAUGAAGUACGGGAGACUCAAGGAUCAAGACCUUAAAAAUCUAGCGGGAGGAGAUGUUAAACAAGAUGAGCAUCGAACGUUGGAAAAGCUUUACUCACAAGAAACAACAAGAGACAUAUAUAUAUCUACCCUUCUUGAUGCUUUUUCAUAAGCUUUCUGGGUUAAUAUAUAUGUAGAAAUGUUUACAAUAAUGCUUCUUACUGAAUAUUUACAAUAAUGUUGACAAACAAUGAAAUUACAGUAACUCAUUAAGUCAUGACUGCAUUAUAUUG